UUUUCUGUAUGUAAUUAAUGUUUUAAACUAAUUCCAACAGAAUAUAAGACGUGACAGUAAGAACACUAACUAACGUGCAAAUAUUGUGAACAGUGAACGAAAUAAGAGUUUAUGUUUCAAUGUUACUCAGCUAAUUAAAUUAACAAAACUUUUCAAUUGCGAAAUCGAAACCAGACAAACCAUUCAUCAUCUAAUCCUACGCUUCUUAUUUUGUGUAUCAUUGGUGUUAAUUGCUUGAUUGAUAAGACAAAAAAAGGAUUUAUAAGCCUCGACAACUACACCAAAAUUAUCGUUUGUCUGUGUGGUGUAAAACCUAUAAGGUCAGCUCUCUCGAACGUCAUCCAAGAUUAAUCUUUCAGUAGAAAUCAACAUGAGCGAAAGCCAGGAGUCUCCUCCGGCUGAAGCAAUGGGGGUACCAGUGAACCCACCAGUUCCACCACUUGUGCCACCCAGGGAACAUUUGAUCACCACAGCGAUCAAAUUUCUUAACAACGCCAACGUAAUGCGCAGCGCCAUCAAUCAGAAACAAUCGUUCCUCCGGUCCAAGGGCCUGACGGAAGAAGAAAUUCAGCUGGCCUGUGAACGAGCCGGAGUAUUCACCAAAGAUCCAAACAUCCAAAGCCAGACGGUGAUUAGCAUGGGAGUCAGUCCAGCGGGUUAUCCGAAGGCAAAUUACGUCAUCCAGUCGCGGCAUUCGUGGUUCGGCAGGGUUAAGGAGGUUCUCAGCUCGGUGGCCCUCAUCAGUGGGCUCAUGUAUGGCGUCUAUCUCUUCUACAAGAAAUUCAUCGAGCCACUCAUCUUCCGGGGAAAGAAGAAAAAACCGGUGGAGGAGCAAAUUUCCGAACUCAACCAAACUGUCGAGGUAAAGAUUGAUAGCAUCAAUUUCGAGCUGAUCCAAAUCAAGGACGAACUAGCUCGAGUACAUCAAGCACAAUCGAGCACCAAGGAAUUGACAAACUUCAAAUCCGACCUGGACUCGAUCAAAGGAUUGUUGUUAAAUAGAAAACAAUUCGCCUCGCCCAAUCUACCAGUUGUGCCACCUUCCAUUCCUGCCUGGCAACUACAGUCCCAGUCCCAGCGAGAGGAACGGACACCAAACAGCGAAGGUGAACCGGAUAAGAUCGAUGAUAACGACACCGGCUCCGGAUCCGGAUCCAGUGAGAAUGAUGUAGUGUUGAAAAACAGCGAUAGCAGUUUAGAAAUAAUAUCAUAAGCGUGGCUGGAUGGUACCAAAUCUGGGUUUGGUUUUAGUAGGAAUGGUUUUCAAAUUUUAUGGUGGAUCGGGGGUUUAUAGAUAAAGGUCGUCUCUAUAGCUGACGUAAGGUGCUCCGGGGCAAGUUGGAACGGGUAUCUAUAAGCGGAAGUGCUAAUUUUUGAAUGGCAUUCAGUACUACCGUCUUACCUGUCUCAUAAAGAAUAUACAGUACUGUUCGAAAUAAUAGCAGCGUAUGUCGAUUUUCAUACAAAAUUGUCAACUUUGACAUGUUGCAACUUUGUUCUCUUAAGAUCAAUUGAGCUUAAACGUUCGCUACAGAACUACACAUACCUAUGUUCAAUUUUACGAUUUCAAAAUACCAAAUUUUUGAAAGAACCUGCCGGAAAGUGAGAUACUAGGUAGGUUAGGUAACACAGUUGCGCAAACUACUGGAUUAAAAAUAACCAAAGUGAUUAUUCAGUUCCACCUAGAGAUACGUCUUCCGUUUCAACUGUCCCGAGCAUUUCAACUUGCCCCGUUGUACCUUAUGCAAAGAGAAGUCGUAUCAGAUGACAGUUUUAGUUAGGUUGUUAGUGUGUUUUUCCAAUUUAUUUUUAACGGUAUGAAAUUCAUACCGUGUUCAGCUAUAAGGCACGGUACACAAAUUACGUAAUACAAAAAAUCCCUCCCCCUAUGUAACAAUUAGUUGCGCUUGACAAAACCCUUCACUCGACCCCACCCCCAUUUAUUCACAGUUUGAAAAGUUUUAUUUAGAUGUAAGGGUCGCGAUUUAUUUAACAGCAAAUUAUCUUUUUUCACUUUGGUCAAUCUGUUACGUGACAUUUCUCCUCCCCCUCCCCCUCCUCAGUAUGUAACAAUAAGUAACACAAACUUGACCCCCCCCCCCCUUGAUACGUUACGUAAUAUGUACUCGAGGCCUAACAGGUACCGAUUAUAUGUAAUAAAAGAGAGUGUUACUCGAGAAUUUAGUUUGUGCAUUUAUUAUGUUUGACUGAAGUUAGUUUUGAUACUCUUUUCAGAACUUAUGCAAGCAACUGAUAGCUUGACCAAUAGAAAGAUGGAAAAUGCAAAUUUAAAUAAAUACACAUGAAUAGA